AUGAGCGCAACACCAGCUGCGCCCUCGGUCGCAGGAAGCCGCAAGCCUCGUCCAAAAACACCUAAAGCUCUUCCCGCUGUACCCACUGGACUAUCGCACGCAUACGGUGCGGUUGGUAAGGUCGAGCUGUCGACGCAACUCGAGGAUCGCUCUGGCAACGCUGGCGGGUUUGCUGCUCGCUUUCUUGCAGAUAGAGGUGCUGCAGUGAAUCGUGAUAUUGGCGAUGCCAUUAUCCCUGAUCCCUUACCUGCACCUCCCGCAAACACUACUAAGGGACCUGCCAUCUCUCGACCAGCUACCACCAGACCUGUCACUUCUAGGUCAUCCGUCGCUACUACUAGCGUUAAGUCAACACGGAAGAUCACAACGCCCUAUUAUCUGCGGCCCGAGGCUAACGACACUUCCGAAGACUAUGACUCUGAGGACGGUAAUCAGCACGCUGGUUUUACGGCCCCAGGUGGCUCUUUGUUUCGCCGAGCGCCGUCCACAGGUGCUGGUAGCUUCACUGAUCUGGAUACCCAGUUCUCUUACGAAGCAUCGAUGCCACCUUCGACUAGAUCUCGGAGAGUUGCAGAGAUACGGCCACCACCUACGACUCAAGAGAGAGAAGCCGCUCGGCCAUGGAGGGUGUCCGUCUUCUUCGAGACGCUGCACCGUCGAUGGCAAAAUUUCGAGUUCCCUUGGGACAAGUUCUCACCACAGAUCGGGAAAAUCUGCCUUGCUCUUCUGACGGCAUUCGCGCUCCUCUUCCUUCUCGGGCCCAGCAGAUGUUCCAACCUUUUGGAAAAGGGCUCAAACGCAUGUUUUAAGGCAGGCGAGUACGCUCUCAGCCCGUUCUCAUAUCUAGGACGGAGGGCCUUUGGUUCAGGUAACGAUGGAUUCUCAAGGAGAAUACAGACGUUAGAGCUCGAUAUGCAAGGUGUCAGAAAUCAGGUACGAGGUCUGAACGCUGAGGAAAUUGAGCGUGUGCGGUCCAUUCUUCCUGAGCAGAUCAUGGUCCGCAAGAACCCUGAGACUGGCGAACUGGAGUUCCCUCCUGGAUUUUGGCGAGCAAUAGAUGCAAAACUGGAUCAACGCGACAACGGAAACAUCUGGGACCACUUUGUCCAGACCAACCAGAAGAAACUGGAACAACAUGCUCAAGACAUUGUUCAGAAGACGCUUGAACAUCAAAAGAUCAUCAGCAAGGACGAUCUAGCUGCCGCGGUGAGCGAGAACCAUGCCAAGUUUCAGGAACAUUUCUCUGCACAAUUGCGCGCAUUCGAGACAUCAGUUCGCAAAUCUGCAGAAGUUACUGCAAGACGCACCGUGUCGGAUAUCAUCAAGGAGUUGCCCGAUAGCAAAGGAUCCACACAACUACACAGCCUGGCCCUCGCGAACAUAGCUCGGAACACAGAACUCAGACUUCGUAGUGUGAACUAUUUCUCCCACACACUGGGUGCCACUGUACAUCCCAAAUACACCUCCCCAACCCAUCCUAGGCAACUCGGAGGCCUUUGGCAAUGGGUCAACAGAAAUCUUUACGAUUAUCAAGGACGAGGUCAUCCUUCGCCUUUCCGAGUUCUGACACCUUGGGAGGAGCCUUCGGAUUGCUGGUGUGCUGCUGCAUCGAACGACAAGGGAAAGGCUCAGAUCGGUGUGAUCAUUCCCCGUGCUAUGAAUCCAACCAGUAUCACCAUAGAGCACAUGCCCUCUACAGGCACUCUCGAUAUUGGAGCAGCGCCAAAGGAGUUCGAAGUGUGGGUCAGAAGCCGAGCUGGCGAGGAUACAUCUCAAUUACACGACUCUCAUCUGGGUUGCGGAGAAGCGCCUGAGUCCGGUCUCGUCUGUAUCGGCAAAGCAUCAUACGACAUCCAUGCACUGAACCACGUGCAAAACUUCGAUCUGGAAGGUGUUGAUGGUGCUAUCGGCUUCGUCGACUUUGCCAUCAUCAGGAUCAUAAACAACUGGGGCCAAGACUGGACAUGUAUCUAUCGUAUACGACUGCACGGUGAGCCAGAGCCAGCAGAUAACAAGGGUGAUAUCUCAGAAGAGCUUUGA